UUUGGGAUGGUAGUUUACUCUUUAGCAUCUAUUGUAUAUAUAGAUAUGAAUCGUGGAUUGAAGUCAUACAGCUUCCUUAAACUUAAACUGGGCUGAUCGACAUGGAUUGGUUCUCAUGGCUUUCAAAAAGUGGGCUUGAGCCAUCCCUAGUGUACGAGUAUGGCCUUACCUUUGCUCACAACGAGCUCGAAGAAGAAGACAUGUUUUACUUCAACCACGAGUUUCUCCAAAGCAUGGGCAUCUCCAUAGCAAAGCACAGACUAGAGAUCCUCAAGCUUGCCAGAAAAGAGAAGGGAAAGAGCCCACGCGCGGUGGCAAGGCUCGCGGUGGCAAUCAAGAGGACUAAGAACACCUUUGCCAGCUAUGUAAGGACUUUGAUGCACAAAGAAGAAUCAUCAUCAUCUAAUUCAGCACUUGUUGUAGUGCCAGUGCCACCAUCAAGGUCUAGUAGUAGUGGUUUGGGGAAAAGAUGGAAGAGUGCUAUGAUGAAGAGGGGCAAAAAGCAAGAGACACUCUUUCUCACUAAUGGAAGUUCCACGGUAGUUCCAGCUCAGCCUGGUUUUUCUAGUCCUGUGGUCUACCAUUUCCAGAAGGAUGAGAAGAUGGGUGGAGAUGAUGAUGAUGGCUAUUGGUCUGCCGCUGUUGAAGAGAUCAAAUGGGAUACCAUGUUUCAGGAUCUAAAGCCAAACUGAAACUUUCUCUUUUCUUUGGGGGUUGACUUGACUCUAUCCCUGAUUUUAAACUAAUGGGUGAGAGAUUUGAGUGUUUUUCUUCUUCUUUCAGAUACUGGUGGUGGGUAAGUUUAGCACCCUGUAUGUUCUGUAGUAUCGAGUUUGUACUAUUAUAUGUUCUGUUCAUGUCCUUUAGAUUUGAUAGGGGGAAAAUUGCAUCAGAUUUCAUGAGCAGAGAAAUAUCGAGGUAGAUAUUUAACUAGGCCGUUAUAUAGCAAGAAGUAUAUAAUUUGAAUUUUGAAGCAUAAGCAGUUAGGCUUGAGUCUGCCUGACUUUACUUUAGCUACUGUAUUGUGUUAUGUCUAAUGGUGAUGAUCAUAUUAACAAUUUGAUUC